UGUGAUUUUUUUUAUGAUGUAUUCUAGUGUAAAAUGUUUUCGAAGUGCCGAUAUCGUAUUCAUAUGAUAAAGUAUUAUCUGGUUUCGCUGUAAAAGGAAUCGUGCAUUUGCAUGGAAGAUUAAUUUAUUGGAGAUGAUUUUACGAUUCACUUAAUCGUAUUCUUACUGUCGGUAAGCGGUGGAUUUUUGGAAGUGACAUAUUUAUGUGUCUUCGUAUGGUGAAUUGGAGUUUUUCAACCGGAGUAUUAAAAAUAAGGUAGGAGGUAUGCGGGCUCCGAAGGUACCCGCUACCUUGCUACUGUUGCUCUUCGCAAUAGAAGCUCUAGAUGCCAACAGGAGAAAACAGAAAGAGAAAAUAAUACCAGCCACUAUAAACAUAUGUGACAUUAGCGACAGAGAUUCCAAAGUCCACUGCUAUUGUGAGUUCAGUCAAGAGAUCAACGAAGCAGUGAAGACAGAAUGCUGGGUGUUCAACGGAGGCAUAGAACGGACAGACCCACUAUGGACAAGCUUCACCUCACAGUCCAACAUAGAAACCUUAGCUUUCAACGUCAGAGCAGAUGGCGGUCUAGACUUUGUACCCUCCAAAGUUCUAAGAUACUUGAGAAAAGUCAAACAGUUCAGCAUAAAGUACAGCUCAAUCCACAAAAUAGAAAGCUAUACUUUUGUAAACGUGACGUCAGUACAAGAAAUGACGCUCACUAAAAAUCAGAUAGUCUAUCUUGGCAAACAUUCAUUCUACAACUUGCCAAACUUAACUGUACUCACUUUAGAUGAGAACAGAAUAAUUGAUCUGGAGAGCGAGGUGUUUUACGAACUACCAGCACUCCAGAAAUUGUAUCUUACUAGUAAUAAUAUUACCGUCAUUCACGAUGGAGCGUUCAAACAUCUUGUCAACCUAAUUGACUUAGAACUCGAUAGAAAUAAUAUAAGCGACCUGAAGAAGGAGUGCUUUUACGGUCUCGCAAAUCUAAAGCGUUUAGAUUUAAGAAGAAACAAAUUAUCCAAACUUAAUUCGUUUACAUUUACUGAACUGUGGAAUCUCCAGACAUUGUUAUUAGAUUAUAAUGAAAUUUAUGUUCUGGCUCAAAGGACGUUUGAUGGAUUAUCGCAAUUAAGGAAGUUGAGUUUAAGUCAUAACAAACUUGUAACUCUGGCCAGCAGUCUAUUCGAAGGGGUCAGGGGACUGGCGGCACUAGACCUAAGACAUAACAAAUUAAAGAGGUUCACAUUUGAAAACCUUCACCCCAUCUAUGACAACAUGAAGAACCAAAACAGCUACAUCUACUUAGAAGGGAAUGAAUUCCCAUGCGACUGUCAUCUCGCAUGGAUGCAUAAGCUUCGUCACGAGGCCAAAAGCGUCAAAGUGCGAACGUCUCUCGAAAAUUUCAUUUGCAAAUUCAACGCGGAGCCUUCGUUAAAUUCACACUUUACUUAUUUCGAAAGGAGCGUUAUCGGAUCAAACAAUUUGUACGAUAGCGAUGACAAAAGUCAAAUAAGAGAUUAUUCGGAUAAUCCGGAUGAUUUUUUCCAAGACGAAACAGACGACGCUUACGUUGAUGAACCGAAAACGGUUAAGGGCGAAAACGAGAGGACAUUACUGCAGAUCCCGGUGGAGUCGCUGCCGUGCCCUCAGGACGUCAAGAGUGUGACGGACAGGACGUACACCUACCCGUCGCAGAACGAGGCGAAGGAUUACAGAAACUUAAUCCAAUCUUCGAAGACGACGUCGAUCGAGGCGAGCAUUAAAUCUCUUCUGUCAGCGUUUAUCAUUUUAAUAUGGACCACGCUACUGUAAAUAGUGAACGCAAAAGCACUUAUUUACUUUGUUCCCAUUAACAGUAAUAUGAAAGUCCUGUUUUUGCUUUGUAUUCGAUUAUUUUUAAUUAACAUACGUGCUCGUUGAAAUGUAAAUAAAUAUGCUCAACGAUAAUAAGCAUAUUUAAUGUGAAACAUCUUUUGCUUUUUCUUUUUAAAAGACCUUAUGAAAUUGUAAAUAGUAAUUUAAUUCUAUGUAAAAAAUGUGAUAUAAAGUAUAAGUAUAAUUAUGAUAGACAUUGUCUUGGAAUAAUAAAUUUUAUCGUAGGAUACUUUUCUAAAAGAAAACUUGAAUUUUUCUCGUCAUGGAAUUUCAUUUAUAUUGUUGCGAAUCUAUUGAGAAACUUUAUGUACAUAUUUGAUAUAUUAAAAUGAAGUCUGUAAAUAUUGAGAGUUAUAAAUAUUAAGGGGAAAUGUGAAUUUGAAUGUAACUAUUAUGUAAAAAUAAUAUAAAAAUGUCUUUUGCCAAUAUCAUUGUCAUAAAUUAAUUUACUGCGGACGAGACAGCGGUGGUUGAAAUAUUGUAAGAAUAUAGUCUGUACUUACCUUUACAAAAUUAUCUGGGAUAUGUUCAUGCUUUAGUUGGCGUAUUUACAUGGUGAGUGAAUACGUGGAUAAUAAAAAUGUAAAUUAUCAUCACAGCUCAGUAGUUCUAUUCUUCAUACAGAGAACGACGCAUGCAUAAACCAUAGAAAUAUGGAAAAUGAUUUCUUUAACCUUCACGGUCUAGUUGGCUUAGAGGAACGCGGAUAUUGAAAGGAUUUUUGAUCCACUCACUAUGUGAAAUAUGCUACCAAACAUUUUCUGUAAGCUAUCUAAGUUGAACCACUGUUUCUUAAACAAAAACAGAUAAAUAUAUCAGUUUUUGAGUCCUCAGGCGGUUUCACAUUUAGUGAACAUAUAAAUGCUUCUAAAAAAACUUGAUUUCCUUAAUUAAAUACAAUUUUGUUUGAAGCAUUUGUAGGGCAAACAAACCCAUCAGUGACCGCAAACAUGGCAUUAAUUAAAUCACUACAAACAAACAGCUCUGAGGUUGUGUUAAUAUUAGAUAUAUUUUGUUAAUAGAACAAACAUCCCUAAAUGCUAAUGUUUCAAUCAGAAUGUUUAGAGGUAAAUUAAUGCUUUGUGUGCUAAUUUUACCACAUAUAUAAUGUUUAUUUAUUUACUUUAUCAAAUGUUUGUUUUGUGUUAGAAAUUCAUUGCUGUUUUGUCAUAG